CCAUACUCUUGUGGUUCAGCGCACACGAAAACCUACUAUAUUCUUAAAAAAUAAAUGUCCAUGUGCAUAUAGAGUAUAACGGUCAAGAAUGGAUACAUCGUAAAUUAUUUGACGUUUUUGACACCUCUAGUAGAGCAGAGCGUAGAUACACAUAUAUAAAUCAAACAUUUAAACACUUUAAAUGCAAAAUAUUUUGUAAUGCCUUUUUUAAAAAAAAAUAUUGGACUAUGCACUUAAUAAAGUGUUCUGAAAUAUAAUCGUCUUUAUGCGGCAUUUGAAAUUGUAUUAUUCAUGUUGUAAAACUGAGCCAAAUUUAACACAGAAAUGGAUACAUUUGAUGUGUCGGAUAGGAACAGCUGGUACUUUGGUCCCAUGUCUCGACAAGAUGCUACCGAGGUGUUAAUGAACGAGCGUGAAAGAGGAGUAUUUUUAGUCCGUGACAGUAACUCGAUUGCAGGGGAUUAUGUACUUUGUGUAAGAGAAGAUACAAAAGUAAGCAACUACAUCAUUAACAAAGUUCAACAACAGGAUCACAUCGUUUACCGCAUCGGGGAUCAAACGUUCGAUAAUCUACCAAAACUAUUGACUUUUUACACACAUCAUUACUUGGAUACAACUCCUCUAAGACGGCCUGCAUUUAAAAAGACGGAAAAAGUAAUAGGAAAGUUCGAUUUUGUUGGCACUGAUCAAGAUGACUUGCCAUUUCAAAGAGGAGAAGUUCUUACAGUUCUUCGAAAAGAUGAAGAUCAAUGGUGGACUGCCCGUAAUUCAUCAGGAAAAAUUGGGCAAAUACCGGUUCCUUAUAUACAACCGCAUGAUGAUUGUAUGGAUGAAGAUGCUUUAUAUGGCUUAGAUAAUGAACGCCUAAUUUCAUCAGACUCUCUGUCGGGAUCUGGCAAUCUACUUGGAAGCGCACUUAAAAGGACAGAUUUAAAUCGCAAACUGCCUGCAUAUGCCCGAGUAAAACAGUCAAGGGUUCCAAACGCCUAUGAUAAGACUGCAUUGAAAUUGGAAAUUGGUGACAUUAUUAAAGUCACUAAAACAAAUAUUAAUGGACAAUGGGAGGGAGAACUAAAUGGGAGAAAUGGUCACUUCCCAUUCACGCACGUUGAAUUUGUCGAUGAUUGUGAUUUAGGCAAUAACUCCGCGGAGAUACGGUAAAUGGCAGUAAAAGUGAAUGGGGCAUUGAAUCUUUUUCUGAAUCAUUUUAACUUUUAAAUUAAAUGUAAUAAACCUAAGUUGUGCAAACCAAUUGUUAACAUAAUCAGAAAAGUAAAUAAAUAUUGGAAAUAAACGGGUA